AUGAAUGCAGCAUCAAGUUCGCUUCCUUUGCAGUCUCAUAGACUCGUCAAUAAGAUCUGUGGCAGAGAGGUUGCUGAUGUUGGCGAGGGUCAGUAUGUGACUAUCGUCAAUGGAGAAACUAUUACUUCUAUUGAUACUCCUGGGUUCGACGAUACCUAUCUCAGCGAUGGAGAGGUACUGGAGAGAAUUGCGAUGAGUUUGUUUACGCAUUACAAGGGCGGACACAAGCUCAGUGGCCUGCUCUUUCUACGAGACAUUACUAUGGGCAAAAUGACGAAUACUGCACUCAAGAAUCUAGACAUGUUUCACCACCUCUGUGGUGAUCAGUCGCUAAAGAACGUGAUGUUUCUGACUACAAAGUGGGACAAAGCGUUCACUCCUUUUGCACAAAAACACGAAGAAGAACUUACGAAGAAUUUCUGGUCUGGCAUGAUUGAGCUAGGUUGCUCCCGGCCAAAGCGGCUGGGUGGAGUAGCCAAUUAUUCCUCUGGCAUCGUUGAUCCGAUCUCCGAUGUUAUCGCACAAGUACUCAAGUUUCAGCCCAGCUGGUUACUGAUACAACGUCAGUUGGGAAGUGGACAACAUAUCCUUGAUACUACAGCUGGUCAAAAAGUCGACCAAGAUCUAUCUUUAGAAAUCAAGAAAACCCAGGACAGCUUCAAUUCAACGUUGGCCCAGAUCGAGAAGUCACAUGAAGAUACAAUACGGGCUGCUUUGCGGGAUGAAGCCGACGAGUACGUACGUGAGCUCGCUGAAGCCCAGGAACAUAAGAAGGCUUCGGAGGUGAGUUUUGAAAAGGUAAUGAAGGCAGAGGAAGAACGACUUAUGAAGGUGGAGAAAGAACGGCGCGAAAAGGAGCAGGAAGAAUGGAAUAACAAAAUGUACAGAUACGGCAUAGAUGCGACGGGUGCCGUUCUUGGUGCGGGCGGUUGGAUGCUCUUUGAGGUUAUCGGCAUGCAAAUAUAG